CCGAUUGUCUGGCAGUCGGAGGGUUACCGGUUCAAACCCCGCCCUGGGCGUGUCGAAGUGUCCUUGAGCAAGACACCUAAUCCCUAACCCCUAACUGCUCUGGCGAAUGAGAGGCAUCAAUUGUAAAGCGCUUUGGAUAAAAGUGCUAUAUAAAUGCAGUCCAUUUACCAUUUACCAUGCUCAAGGGCACAAUGGCAGUGUCCGACCUGGGAAUCGAACCUGUGACCUUUAGGCUACAAGACCCGCUCCUUACCCAUUAUACUACACUGCCGCCCAUCUCCCAUGACUGUGCCAUCUGUAGUAAGCUGUUAUUCCCCUGGUCUUCCCUGAGGAUCCUGGCUUUCUCCCAUGUUGACGAGUGCACCGUAGGCACUUUGUGUGGACGCCAUCUAUGUCUCCACUGGGUGAGUGCUGCCCCACACCCUGUGAGGAUGUCCACCAUCGUGCCCCUCCCUCCCCAAAGCUCGCACAGUGGGUCGGGCCUAAGUCCCCACCUGUGCUGGUUUGCUGGUGUUGGGAGGCUAUGCGUAUGGACACAUGUCCAGAUAACCUGGUGUACAUACGGGAGAUGAGAAUAAUGAUGAAAAAUCUAUAAUAAAUAAAAGUCACUAUAAACAAUAAAAAUCAAUAAAACAGCGCUAUAAAAGAAUCACGGAUUUGGAAACUAAGUGAAUAAAUAGGUAAAUACAUAAAUGGUUAAAUUAGUAAUACAUAAACAACAAUAAAAUGGAAAAAGUAGUCCAUGAAUGUUCCUACUGUAGGACACAUGGAGCGUACUGCAGCAACGUCUGUUUGGCAUGUAACGCCUGGAUUAUCUUACCUUCAGUGUGGUAAAUGAUACACAGAGCGUACUGCAGUAAUGUCAUCGUGGAUUUUACCUUCAAUGGAGGCAAAUAAUUUAGUCAGGUCACAAAGUAAUUCAGCAAUGCAACUUUUAUUUGGCCAAAUAGGAGAAACCAUUCAAACACUCAUUUCAGAGUUCAAGAAGGGAGUCUCAAACUCCUGUUCACAAGUUCUGCCUCUGAUAUCUUUCUGUAAACUGUCUUUCUAUGAGGUAAUUUGCAUGGCAUGACACUUUCUUACUCCCCCUCCCGUACCAACUUUCUGUUUUCCUGAGGUAAUUUGCAUGGCAUGACACUUUCUUACUCCCCCUCCCAUACCAACUUUCUGUUUUCCUGAGAACCUUUUUGCUUCAUCCAAAAACCCUGACGAAACGUCUAGGUUCCUGGCACCUCAAAGCAGGGGAGGGUGUUCUUAUUCUCCCUUCGCAUACCAUCUUGUUUCGUACAGCUUAUUUCAUUUGACAUCAUACACAAUACAUGCAGAUUUCAAUAGAAAUACAUUGGUUAUUGAUUAGGAUAUGACAUUUUGCAAGCAAUGGUCAUACACAUACCACCUGAUUAUAUGCUUGCACCAAAGGUAAUUUUAACUAUGAAUUUUACUCCAUUUAUAAAGUAUCCCCCAAGUUAUGUUUACAUAUCCAUGGCCUUCUCACACCCCUGUGUCAAGCCUCGUGUCUCCCCUUUGUACCAACAUGACCAGGUCAAAACCUAGUACAUGGCUGGACCGUGUAUGGGUGUUUGAAAUUGUGGCCAAUUUGUUACAGGGAUAGUCAGUGGUAGUGUCUAUACGACCAAUGGUGUAACUUCAUCACGCAGUCACUCGGUCACAGGCAUCCGCGUUUAUAAGGCUGGCCCCGCUGUUGCGGUCCAGCCAAAAAAAUAUUGCAGAUUAAACUUGGUGGUACACCCAAAUUGUUAUCUAUAUAUCUUAGCUCAUCUACAUUCCUUCCUCCUCAAAGGUCGUUCCUUCCCAGUACCUUUCCAUUUUGCACUUAGUUACGUACAUAGUUUUGUUAUAACGCAUAAAAAUAGUUAAACACAGAAAGUAAUACCCACCCAAAUUUCAUCUGUGCCCACCCAAUUGGUCAACUUCUGCACCAAUUUUGGACCUGGCUCUGCAUUCUUGACUGUUUUUUUAUUUUUUUUAAGUGCCCUGAACUGAUGUCCCCCUUAUAUUACUUUUGUAGCAGUAAUAUUAUAUUAAUUAUAGGGUGAGUUUUUCCCUAUAUCCUCAUGCUAAAAUCGACUGUAAAUCCACAUUUUAAAGCUGAUAUUUAAAAAAUUUUCUUCCCGGGGGGGCAUGCCCCUGGACCCUGCUAGGGGGUUUGCAUCUUUGUCUCCUUUUUCACCCCUGAUCAGUUUGCAUCCCUGUACACCUUCCCUGCCCACUUCUCACCACACAGUGCAGUCAACAGUUUAGUUCCCGCUGCUGAAAAUCAUCUAAUAGUGAUCUGAAUAAUAGUGUACCAUCCCAAACAAUACUAAAAGUAUUUCCUAAACUUUAGUCAGACUUUAGUUCGUUUAAUCCAAGCUGGUACCGAAAACACUAGGAAAACAGCUCAACGCUGUAGUAUAGCCCACUGUGUGAAAAGGUGCCCACCCCAAAUUUCUAAUUCCCCUGCCUUCUCUCUCUGACACCUCUCGAAAUUUAUUUGGGAGAAAUUUAACUUGGUUGACGAGAAUUUGUUUUCACCUGAUCCAGGAUCACGCCUUUUAGAUAUCAGUAUUUCGGUAAAUUACGUCAUUUGUGACCCCGGAAGUGUUGUGAAACUAAACUGCGUAUGCGGUGUGUGUAAACAGUUGUGUGGGGUUUCUAGAUAAAGAGGAAGUUGCAAACUAGAAAUACUGUUCAAUAAAAUGAUAUUAAGGUAUUAAACAGAGAAAGUAUAUUCGCGUAUCUGAACCUGCUUAAGUCAGCUACUGUUGUUAACCAGCGACAAACUCAUCAAGACCAACCCUUUUGUGGAUAACUUAUCCCAUAUGGGGACUUAUCGCUGAAGCGCGCCACCACGCACAAACUAACAUCGCGAAAUUAUUUUUCCGAUCAUUGUUCAUUGGAAUUAUCAGAGGAGACAGUCAUAUUGAAGUUCGCUGCUAGGGCGUCAUUCGACAGCGACUCAUUGUUUCCUGAAACACACACAGGGCGUGGUAAACCUUGGACAUACUAGCCGUCCUAGCUGUUAACACUGGUUAUUAACGCUGAAGUGCUGCUAACUGUAUGACAUCGUUAGAAGAUCGCUAGCUAGUUUACCCACCGCGUAACGCUAAUGUCUGCCAAUUAACUGCCUUGCUAAGUGAUUAUUCUUUCAGUCCAACGGCAAUACCAGCAACAAAACUGUUGGCUAUCUAGGCUACGUAGUGCUAGGUAGCUAACGUUAAGUAUUUACGACUAGCUGUCUAAGGUUAAAUCGACUUGAACCGGAGGAAUAUGCCGAGGUUAAGGCAUUCCUGGUCGUAUUUGGGGGCGACCUUGUUUUUGUGUUUUCUGCUUGCUGAUUGUGUGAAAGGACAAUGCCAAGUACCUCCGUCGAAGACUGGCUUAGAAUUGACGGAAGAGAGCGCGGCAUUGAACACAUUCGACGAAGGAUCAAGCGUUACUUUCAAAUGCGGAGCAGGAUAUACAAAAGUCAGUGGAGAUGGGACAAUAUUUUGCAGGAAUGGCAUUUGGACCGUGGAAACACUUCAGUGCCAAAAAAAAUCGUGUGGUUCACCUGGAGACUUGAUAAACGGGAGAUUUAGCACUCCAGAGGGAACUGAUUUUGGUGCGACCGCUUACGCUUAUUGCAACCGUGGCUAUGAAGUGCAAGGAAAACCCUAUAGGCAGUGUUCUGACUUAGGUUGGACCAACCACGUUCCGCGCUGUGAAAUUAAGAAAUGUGACGAUCCGCCCACAAUUGUCAAUGGAAUAAUCUCCAGUCGUCCUGACACAGAAUUCCCUGUGUUCAGGGAUAUAGUACAGUACAAAUGUGACAAAAACUACAACAUUGUUGGAGACUCGCAGCUUGUAUGUAAUGAGUUUGGUUCAUAUAAUGGAACGGUUCCCCAGUGUAAAGAACUGAACUGCCCAACUCCAAGUAUCAAAAAUGCCCAGCGGGUUGAAGGAGGUCCACCGCCCUAUAAACUGAAAUAUUUUGUAACCUAUAGAUGCAAUGACGGCUAUGUGAUGGAAGGGCAAAGUAAACUAGUGUGCGAAGCAACGGGAUGGUCCUCUGACUUCCCAACCUGCAAUAAAGCUCUUCCCCCUCCUGUUCCAACAAAAACAGCAGAGGAAACCACGACGAGGACAUUGCCGAAACCAGGCCCAGAAUCCACAGUUCUUCCACCCGUCCCUCCUGUUUCCACUGUUCCACCAAAAACAGCAAGGACAACUACGAGGAGGACAGGCUUGCCUACAGAACCUUCAAAGCCAGCCCCAAUAUCAUGUCCAGAUCCUAAGCCGGUGGUGAUAGCAGUUUUUGCUACUCUUGGGGCGUUGGCUGUUGUUGGGAUUAUUGCGGCUUUUCUAUUUAAGUCUUACAAGAAAAAACGGAGCGGUGCAUUUUCAACCGCUGUUUAUUUCAACAGGAACGAUGUAUAUUCAACCGGCAUUUAUUUCAACAGUGAAUACCUCACAGGAGAAGACACCCGGAAGCCUGAAGGAGAAAUGCCAUUAAGCCCCAAAGCCCACACACAAUCAUACCCUUGAUUAAGCGGUGCGACGCCGGCUGUGUAUUAGCGAGCAUCUGCCCCAGCAAGAGAAGCCUUUCUGGGGGGGGGGGGGGGGGGGCUGCAGCUACACGUGUGAUUUUAAGGGGGUGCUUCACUUGCCAAUCGCCCGCUUCAGAAGACUGUUUAGUAUUUAAUUUUACUGUAUUUUAUUUUUGGUUUGUUUUUGGUUUGCCUGCAGCUACACGUGUGAUUUUAAGGGGGUGCUUCACUUGCCAAUCGCCCGCUUCAGAAGACUGUUUAGUAUUUAAUUUUACUGUAUUUUAUUUUUGGUUUGUUUUUGCGUGAAUGUAAAUAGCUUGUUUUUUUAUGGUAAUAUGUCAAUUGACAUGACAGAAGUUUCGGAGACUGGUGAAUGUACAAAUGUUAAAUCCUGCAUUGUUUCCCGUGCUCUUCACGGUAGAGAACACAUUACAUGUCCCUUUACAUAUUCCCAUUUUUUUUUUUUCGGAAAGAGAGAGAACGGAACAUGGGUCCUUUGUUAGGGGCUGAUAAUGAGUGGAAUGUAAACAAAAAAAAAACGAAGCCCAUGUGCAUGCUUAUCUUACGGGGGGGGGGGGGGGGGAUGGUCGAGGCGGACGUUCCUCCCCCAGUAAAUGUGGGGCUGUGUAUCUGGAGAAGAAGAGGAGCCACAUUGUCCAGUUAUCAGCUCUGCAGUUAGCCGCAGUUAGCCGCAGCUCAGUAGCGGUAGUGAGCAGUGAACGCUGCAGCGGCUUAUCGCGCCCGGGGGCGGGGGUGAGUGCAAGGGCGGGGACGGGGGCCACGCUGCCCUAAUCCAAUUCAAGCUUCCUAGUGGCUUAUCUGAUGGUUUUAUUAAUUUCUUCCCCCCACACAGUGGACUUAAUAUCGCGUUUCCCGUCUGCGAGCCGCACCUAGAAUUACGUUACUUAAUAACCAAUCCCUGUUUGAACACAAACAAUCUUCCUGUUUAUGGUCGUUCAACAGUCUUAACAGCGUGUGUGUGUGUGUGUGUGUGUGAAAAAAGAUUUUUCAGUGUUUUCCUUGAGAAUUACAACUCAUUUAAUUAGAUUAGUUGCCAACGAAAUCUGAUUCCUUUUUCUGUCAUUUUUCUUUAAAUUUUUUCUACCACUGUCACCUUCUUGCCAGCCGUUUUACGCGCAGUUAACAGUUAACUGUGUGCGUGCGUGCGUUAAUUGUUAGAAACAGUGUGUUCUGUAAACAUGCCUUUUUGUGAGGUAGUGCAGUGAUAUUGUUGAGAUUGUUAUUCUUUGCUGUUGAAUUGUUCUCUCUGCCCGACAAUGGAAGAUGGAUGUUUUUCCAUUCAUGAAUGCCACAGUUCUUUUGUUGUGAAUUAAAUGUAAUUAAAAAUAAUUAAUAAAAAAACAUUGUAACAUUGUUUUAGAGAAAGCCGACAUCCUGUUCUCAUCGAGUGUUUAUUCCUUAAAUUUGACUGGGCAUGUACAUGUGUUCUGUUACUGAUUAAAAUGGGUUCUAAAACUG